AGCUACAUAGGAGAAGGACAGCAGCUCUAAGCUGGUCCUAGGCCUCGGGGGCCCAGCGGGACUAGCGCACACAGAUGGGGAGACCUGCCCUUAUUCCCGUUCAUCUGAGCUGUGUGAUGCCAGCUCUAGGCCGGAAAGGUACAUGGGGUGGGAGAGGGUUCCUGUCCAGGAAGUAGGGUGCAGCCAGGAGACCUUGAGACAGGUAGAUAUCCAGGCUAAGUUCUGGAUCAGAGGAUGAAGACAGCCCUCCAGUCUUAGGGGUCAUGGCAGGGGUAUACCUCCUGAACCUGGGAAGUCCUCUGAAGAAGCCUGGCAAGUGCCUGGGGGAGAACCAUGGAUUCCUUCUGUCCCCAUGGAGGACCUAACUGGGAGGUGUCUCAUUAGCCUGUGGGAGCUGGUAGGCUCGUCAGGGGUUAAACCAUGAUCUGCUAUGCAGCAUUGAAGAGUCGGUAUACACCAUAGACGGCCCAAGUGACAGGCCUUGGAGCUGCCGGUUAUGGGUUAUAGGCAGUAGGACAACCAGGGACAGGCAAACAGCCAUUUACCUGGAAAUGGUUGGGCAGGUAGCCAGAAUUACCAGGGCAGGCAGGUAAUCAGACAGGCCAAAGGUCACCUUAGACCACUGUGGCUCCAAAUUGAAGGUAGUCCUGCAGUUUGGCAGAGGCAUCCCUUCAGUGUAGCACAGUAGGAGAGAUGGCCCACUCACAGGUGGCCCUUGGGCACGUGGUUUUUAGAUAGAUGGUGUAAGGAAUAUGGACAGUCCACAGGAAUUGAGUUAGGGACACCUUCAGGGAACUGGGUGUUCACAGGGCUACCCUGGGUGGCUACACAGUAUCACAAGACCCCAGAUGCUCAGACCCCAAAAGCCAUCCAGACCUUUCAAGAACUGGCCUCUUGAUCUUGUCCUGUGUGGCUCCAAUGGCGGCCUCCCAGCUGGCCGCACUGGAAGGAGAGGGGCUGGAGACUGAGCCAGCCCUGACCAAGGCCAGCCCUGGCUUUUUGUACACUGAGGGCCAGCGACUAGCUCUUGAAGAACUGCUGAGCAGUGGGGAAGAGGCCUUCCGGGCCUGCCUGCAGCAGGAGAAGCUGCCCCCCUUUCUGAGUGCAGAUGAGGCUCAGGCCCUGGCUGCAGCUGCUGAAGACUGGACAGUACCAAGCCAGGAGCCAUGUGGCGCAGGCCCAGGGACUGCUCUCACCGAUGGGGACAUUGGCAGCCUGACCUACUGGCCAGGGCAGUCUGAGGAGCCAGCACCGGUGCUGCGGCUGGGCUGGCCUGAGGACACGGCCUGGAAGGGCAUCACCCGAGCUCAGCUCUAUACCCAGCCGCCAGGGGAGGGCCAGCCACCUAUUAAAGAGCUGGUACGCCAGGAGAUCCAGGCUGCUUGCAAGUUAGUGGCUGUGGUCAUGGACGUCUUCACCGACCCUGACCUGCUCACAGACAUGGUGGACGCUGCCACACGCCGCUGGUUACCUGUCUAUUUACUGCUUGACCGUGAGCAUCUGCCUGCCUUCUUGGCACUAGCCCAGCAGCUAGGGGUGAACCCCUGGACCACUGAGAACCUGGACGUCCGGACAGUGCAGGGCCACACCUUCCAGAGUCGCAGGCGAAGGCAGGUGAGCGGCCACGUGCGGGAGAAGUUCCUGCUGCUGGAUGGCGACAGGGUCAUCUCGGGAUCUUACAGCUUCACUUGGAGUGACUCACGCCUGCAUCGGGGCCUGGUGACCUUGCUCACAGGAGAAAUUGCAGAUGCCUUUAGCCAGGAAUUCCGAGUCCUGUAUGCGGCCUCCAGUCCACUGCCACCGGCACCAGCUCGAAGCCCCUUGCUCAGCCCUUCUGAAGGUCCACGGGUGCCCCGAAGCCCACACCGUGUGGCCCUGCGCUGUCCUGUGGCCCCUGUGGCCCCAUUGCUGUCUGACAAGCCUUUGGCCCACCGCCUGGCGGCCUGUCACAUCUUUGAGGGGAACAGACAGGAUACCCCCACCCCCACAGGGCCAGCUCUCAGUGACAUCUUGAGGAGUGUCCACCGUACCAGGACAGCCAGUGGUCCCCCAACCAGGCCCAGCCGCUCCUUGUGGGACCUCAGCCGCCUGUCCCAGCUCUCCGGCUCCAGUGAUGGAGACAAUGAGCUCAAGAAGUCCUGGGGCCACAAGGACACUCCAGCCAGGGCCCUGAUGAGGCAGAGGGGCACUGGAGGAGGACCCAGGGGUGAGAUGGAUUCUCACCCACUAGCCUGGUCACAGCCCUGGAGCGCCCCCCUCCCCAGGAUUCCAGCCCGCCAUCUGCGGUACUUAUCUCCAGCCCAAAGGCGGUUGGGAAACAAUGCUACAUCAGACUGGGCCUCUGGCUCAGGCCCUGGAAAGCGACGCUGAUGGCCAGACGUGGGUCAGCUCAGAGACCCUACCAGACACUGAGAGUAUGUCAGCCCUUGGCCUGGGAGCUGGGCAGUGGAAGGAAUUGGUCUUAAUUGCUCUCAAACUGGGUGAACUCAGCAGAGUUAAGUGCUCGAGCAGAAGGUUCCAGAGCAACUGGUCUUCCACUGGACUGCUUCAGAGACAGGCCCGGCUGCCUCACCACUGUUGUAGAGAGGACCAUGCGGCAACCCCAGAGAAGCACCCACACCCGUGUGUGGAGCAGAGGGUAAACCGAGUCCAGAAGAGGAGUGUUCGCAGUGACGGAGUUUGGGGGGGAGGGACCCAGAAAUUCUGGGGACACUGAGACAUUGGGUGUGUCUGGAAUGUUUUGUGGGAGCCGAUGGGGAGCAGCAGAGCGUUCUCUGUUUCUGAUCAGAUUAAA